UCUACCAGUGGGCUUUUCAUGGUGAGGAUUUCUUCACCGUUGUAGCGGAAGGAAGAAAACGUUACGUGAACAGUCUUAUCUUGAUGAGAGAGCUUCACGGUUGCAUCCCCGCCCCGGAUCACACCCACCCUGUCUGCAGCCUCAAAACCCCACAAAAACAAGCUGUCACUGACAAUGUCCUGAUCGAAGACAGGCGAUUUAUUUUUAAAGGUCACAAUUUGGAUAUCUGGUGAUCAUAAAGUGCGGGGAUAUAAGAGGAAACUCUGUCACAGAACACGAGAUGAUUGUGAGGACACUCUGACAGGAAAGAUGUCUUACAGCAAGGAGUUGAUGGAGCAUAUUCCCUACGUCCCUCCGCUGGCUCUCCGCGGCAUCUCCAUGGACAACAGCGGAGCGCACUACAAGGAUGCGCUUCGACUCGGGCUGCCCUUCCACCUGGACGCCGCAUACCUCGACCCCGUGCACGGCCAGAUGUUACCCUACAGGCGGCUCUCCUAUUUCCCCUUUCACGGACCUCUCGGCGUGUGCGAUUAUUCCUUCGAGCCCGCGUUCAUCCGGAAAAGGAACGAAAGGGAGCGACACCGGGUGCGCUGCGUAAACGAGGGUUACGCGCGGCUCAGGGAGCACCUCCCGCAGGAGUUUGAGGACAAGCGGCUUAGCAAAGUGGAGACUCUGCGGGCGGCUAUUGACUACAUCAAACACCUGCAGAGCCUGCUGGACUUGAACGUGUCCGGGGUGGAGAGAGGGUCGCUUGGAGACGCGCGUAACCGUGCGCCGCUGCCGCAGAGGACGGAGUGCAGCAGUGAUGGAGAGUCCAAAACUGGCCUCAGCGACAGUGGAGAGACUGUUUACUAGCUUCUCGCCUCAUCUCUCUGUCUCGCGCUCUCUGUGACACGUUGUAUGUUGACUAUACAACACCUGGUUAUAGGACAAAAUACAAGAAAAAAACAGUGGAAAACGACCGUAAGUUUUUACAGUUAAGAUGUGACACGAAUGAAAUCUGCUGUAAGAGAGUAAAACCAGCUGACUCUGUUUAAACUGUCUGACUUUAUUCUAUCAGUGUGUGCACGGAGCAUUAACACUGUUUGUUUACAUGUAGAAAGCUAUAAGAAAAACUGCCAUCAGAGAAAACGCUUAUUUUCAGGUGGAUAUUAAAGGAUCUGAGCAUGAAA